UUUUCAUUUAGUCAGAAAUUUGUUGCAAUAUUGGAUUUUUGUUAUGUUAUGGUAGAUUUUUUCGAAACUUUGGUCAUGUCAAGAUCAGAACAACCGUCGCCACAACACUUAUUCAAUGUUAUUCAAUCUUUGUUUUGUGGUUUAAUAUGAAUUGAAGAACACUGGUAAACGUGAACUAUUUUGUAUGCACAAAUUUGCUUGAUCACAAAAAUGUAUAAUUAUGAACACAUGCUCCAGCAGAAGCUGCAAACCCUCGCCGGACCAGUGCUGGAUCUCCCUCCCCUAGACAUGGCAGAGGUUAAAUUCACAGGCCGUGGCAGGCUCUAUGUUGGCAAUCUGACCAACGACGUUACAGAGGAAGAAAUUAUCGAAAUGUUCAAACCCUAUGGAGAAACCAGCGAACAUUUCAUCAACAAGGAGAAUUCAUCAUUUGGAUUCAUCCGCAUGGACUACAGAGUCAAUGCUGAGAAGGCAAAGCGUGAAUUGGAUGGCAGCAUUCGUAAAGGAAGGCCUCUGAGGAUUCGAUUUGCACCCAACAGCACUGCCAUCAAGAUUAAGAAUCUCACACCGUGGGUUUCGAAUGAGCUGUUGUAUAAGGCGUUUGAGAUUUUUGGACCGAUUGAACGUUGCAUCAUCACCAUUGAUGAAAGGGGCAAAUCCACUGGUGAAGGCAUUGUUGAAUAUCAAAGGAAAAAUGGUGCUAUGGCAGCAAUUAGGCAUUGCUAGGAUAGAUACUUCUUCUUAACUUCUUCUCUUCGUCCGGUGAUCGUCGAGCCCUUCGACUUUGUCGACGACAUCGAUGGCGUCCAGGAAAAGAACAUGUUGAAGAAAAAUCCAGAAUUCUUCAAAGCUCGUCAGGCCGGUCCCAGAUUUGCUGACAUUGGUUCAUUUGAACACGAGUACGGCACACGCUGGAAGCAACUGCACGAAUUGUACAAACAAAAGAAUGAGGCACUCAAACGCGAGAUGCUAAUGGAGGAGGAGAAGCUUGAGGCUCAGAUGGAGUUUGCUCGCUAUGAACAUGAGACUGAAAUAAUAUAUAUCAUUAAAAACAGCAUU